AAAGUCCCCAACGCGGCUGCGCGCCCCGCCCUUAUUACCAUGGAGAUCUCUUGUACACAGUUUCCCCUUUUCCUCGGGCCAGUCCUAAACGCGGUUCCGCAGGCGGGACUAGCGCUGGCCUAGGAGGGAAUCCUCCAAGGUCGGACCGUCGGGGGCCCAUGAAUAGCAGGGCUCCACUUUCCGUGGGGAGAGUGACAUUCUUUGGCCGGCAUCGCGGGGAGGUCAACUGCUCUGCCUUCUCUCCUGAUGGCCAGACGCUGCUCACAGCCUCUGAGGACGGCUAUCUGUACGGUUGGGAGACCAAGAGUGGGCAGCUGCUGUGGAGGCUGGGUGGCCACACAGGCCCGGUUAAGUUCUGCUGCUUCUCCCCGGAUGGCUACCUUUUUGCCAGCUCCUCCAGUGACCGUACCAUCCGCCUGUGGGACCUAUCAAGAGCUGAAUGUCUGUGGGUGCUGAAAGGUCACCAGCGGAGUGUGGAGACAAUCAGCUUCAGCCCUGACUCAAGACAGCUGGCAUCAGGUGGCUGGGAUAAGCAGGUGAUGCUCUGGGAAGUGCAGUCGGGACACAAACUGCGCCACUUGGAAGGGCACCAUGACUCCAUCCAGAGUAGCGACUUCUCCCCCAAUGCCAACUGCCUGGCCACAGGCUCAUGGGACUCUACUGUGCGCAUCUGGGACCUGAGGGUAGGGACCCCAGCUGUAUUCCAUCAGGAACUGGAGGGUCACAGCGGCAACAUCAGCUGUUUGUGUUAUUCAUCAUCUGGCCUCCUGGGAUCUGGCUCCUGGGACAAGAACAUCCACAUCUGGAAACCCAAUACCAGCAGCCUGAUGGUCCAGCUAAAGGGCCAUGUAGCCUGGGUGAACAGCAUAGCUUUCUCUCCGGAUGAGGGGCAGCUGGCCAGCGCUAGCUACUCAGGAACGAUCAAAGUCUGGGACUACAACACAGGAAAGUGCCUUGAGACCUUGAAGGUAAGACCUGUAGCUGCAGCCCCCAGUGAGGGAUCCAGGAAGGACUUCAAGACCUGGAGCCUGGUGCUGUGCUUCUGGCAGGGAUUUCUGGAUGUGGCCCACACCUGUGCCUUCACUCGACAAGGCAAACUAUUGGUGUCUGGAGCUGCUAUUUAGGCAAGAUACCAAGUCCACUGCUUGUUCAAGUCACACUUGAACAACACAGGCCCACAGUAACUAAGAGUGCCCAUCAGACCCUGCAGCCAGGACUGCCAGCACCACACCAAGGCAGCUGACAUCUACGGGUGGCAGGACACCACUAAACACCUGGCACUGUAGCUCCAGCCUUAGCCCCAAACCACCUAUUCAGUCUGGUCUGUGGAAACAGCAUUAAGCACAAAGCA